AGAAUAUCUAGAGGAAGAGCAGAGUCUCCACAUUUUUGUUAAAUUUAAAGAGUUGUUCUUUAACUUUCUUGCUUUUCUUCUAUUAUUAAAACAUUAGGAGCUACUGAACUAGGUUAAAAUGGGAAGAUUACCAUGUAUUGAUAAAAAAGGGUUCAAGAAAGGGCCAUGGACACCUGAGGAAGACCAAAAGCUCUUGGCUUACAUUGAGGAACAUGGCUGUGGUAGCUGGAGUGAUUUGCCUCCUAAAGCUGGGCUUCAGAGAUGUGGAAGGAGCUGUAGAUUAAGAUGGAUCAAUUAUCUAAGGCCAAACAUCAAGAGAGGAAAGUUCAGUUCGGAGGAAGAGCGAACCAUCUUGCAGCUUCAUGCCCUUCUUGGAAACAGAUGGUCAGCGAUAGCAUCUCUAUUGCCAAACAGAAGCGACAAUGUGAUAAAGAACUACUGGAACACACGUUUGAAGAAGAGAUUAAUCAAAAUGGGCAUUGAUCCCAUGACUCAUCAGCCAAAGAGAGAUACAAGUCAAUCCAAUAAGUCCAUUGCAAGCCUCAGUCACAUGGCUGAAUGGGAAACUGCUAGACUUGAAGCAGAAGCUAGGCUUGUUCGAAACUCCAAUAAAGCUCGUUCCCGAGCUUCCGUCGUCAGCCAUUUUGGCAAUAAACCACUAUCUGCGCAUAUAUUUUCAGCCUGGAGUACUCUAGAAUCUUAUGCUUCUCGGAUGGUAUCGAACAAUUGCGUUGCGGUCAACUCCACAACAUACAACAAUAACAACAAUUAUCAACCUCGCAAUUUUCAGCUUCCUUGUCUUGACAUACUAAAAGCUUGGCAAAUGUCUUGCACAAAAUUACCAACUUUAAAUGACGACAUUAAUAGGGCAACUUUUCUUGAUGGUUUUUUCAACAAAAACCUCAAGUCUCCAACACCAUCAGAGAACUUGCUAAAUAUAGAACAAACUGUGGAAGUUGGUGAACAGUUGUCCUUGCCCACGAUUAGCUGCAUUGAAGAAUUUUUCCUACAUGAAGAUAAAAUAACACAAGACAACAAUAUUCUCCAAACAGACUUGACAGAGCUUUUCCCAGAAUAUGAUUGUAGCCAAACGGCUGAAAACUAUCCAGGUGAGCUGCUGGAAAGUUUUUGGGAAAGCUGCUCUGGGGAUUUUGAGAAUAACAAGAGUAACUGCAACAAUCACUUCCCUUAUUUGGUAACUUCACCAAUUGGUUCUCCAUUAUUCUGAGUAUUCAUUAUGUUAUAGAAUGAAUUUUUUUUUUUUUUUUUGAAUGAAUUUAUAUUAAAUUCUUUUUUUGUACUAGGUUUAAUUAAUGGACUUUGAGUUGAAGUGAGUUGUAUUUUAUGCGGAGGUGGUUUUAGAAUUUCUAGAACAUGCAUGAGUGCCUCACUAAGGAGCCGUUUGGCGGAGUGUAUAAGAAUAAUGCUGAAUAUGGUGUAUUAGUAAUGCUGGUAUUCGUUAUGCUUGCA